CAGAAAAUUUACGCGGCCUAUUAUCUCUAUAAAUACGCCGAUCAGAAAAUUUGAAAAUCAUCCCAACAAAAAAUGGAUUUGGUACGGCUACUCUCCACCAUUCCUUUCCCCACAGUUAUCCUAGCCUUAGCCUCCCUCGCCUUCCUCUACUUCCUCCUAACCAAACAUGGAGCAACCCCGCCGCCGCCGCAGGCCAGCGGCUCGUGGCCCAUCAUCGGCCACCUCCACCUCCUCGGUGGGCCGCUCCCGCCACACACAGUACUGGGCCAGAUGGCCGAAAAGCACGGCCCAAUCUUUACGAUCCGGAUGGGCAUCCACCCGGCCCUCGUCGUCAGCAACUGGGAGACCGCCAAGGAGUGUUUGACCACCCACGACCGGAUCUUCGCCGACCGACCCGCAACCGUAGCCAUGGACCUCCUCGGUUACAACCGGUCCAUGUUCGGGUUCAGCCCCUACGGUUCGUACUGGCGAGAAACCCGGAAGAUGGCCACGCUGGAGCUCCUCUCCUCGCACCGCCUCGAUUUGCUCAAGCACGUGCGCGAAUCCGAGGUCCGGACCGCCACCAAAGAGCUGUACGGCUACUGGCAGCAGGCCGCCGCCGAAAGAAACGGCGUCGUUUCGGUGGAGAUGGGCAGCUGGUUCGGGGAGAUAACGAUGAACGUCAUCCUGAGGAUGGUGGUGGGGAAAUCCGUUGGGUAUUUGACGGGAGGAGCGGACAGCGUGAAGCUGAGCAAGCUGUUGAAGGAUUUCUUCGAGCUGACGGGGAGGUUUGUGGUGGCGGACGGGCUGCCGUUUCUGCGGUGGCUGGAUGUCGGAGGGUACGAGAAGGCGAUGAGGAAGACGGCGGCGGAGAUGGAUGUGGUGAUAGGAGGGUGGCUGAGGGAGCACAAGGAGAAGAGGGAUUCCGGCGGUGCAGCGGAGAAGGAGAAGGAUUUCAUGGACGUGAUUCUUAAUGUCGUCGGCGAUGGACAGGAAAUCGAUGGUCGAGAUUCCGACACCAUUAACAAAUCUACCGCUCUGAGCGUCGUGUUAGCUGCGUCGGACACAACCAUGGUGACAAUGACCUGGCUCCUCGCCUUACUAGUGAACCAUCCCGACGUCCUGAGACGAGCCCAAAUCGAGCUGGACAACAACAUCGGCAAAGAACGACGAGUUCAAGAGUCCGAUCUCCACAGCUUGCAUUACCUCAAAGCCAUUGUCAAGGAAACCCUCCGCCUCUACCCUGCCGGGCCGAUCUCCUUGCCCCACCAAUCCACGGAGGAUUGCACCGUUGCCGGCCACCACGUCCCUAAAGGUACUCGCCUCAUCGUCAACAUAUACAAGAUCCAACGCGACCCGAGGGUUUGGCCAGACCCGGACGAGUUUCGACCGGACCGGUUCUUCACGACUCAUAAGGAUGUCGACGUGAGGGGGCAGGACUUCGAGCUGAUACCCUUUAGCAGCGGGAGGAGGAUGUGUCCUGGAGUGAAUUUCGCACUGCAGAUUAUGCACUUGACCCUGGCUACCCUCUUGCAUGGGUUCGAUUUUUCGAGGCCGUCGAGUGAACUAGUGGAUAUGACGGAGAGUGUCGGGCUGACCAACCCUCGAGCUACUCCUCUUGACAUUGUGUUGUCUCCUCGCCUAUCUCCUCAUCUUUAUGAGUGAACUGUAUAAAAUUGGUUGUUACUUUCUCUUGGUGAGAGUUGUUACUUUCUCAAUUGUAUUUGAGCGAAUUUGACAUUAAUAUCGUUGUUGUAAGUGUACUUUUUUUAUGAAUAAUAAAAAAAAUUGAUGAAUAAAUAAUGUGGUUCUACCAAAAAA